CUUAAAACUCUUUAGUUUGUCAACUGAGCGAGUCAGAUGAGGCGCAGCCGCACUGGGGAAGUCGAGCAGGACUGGCGCAAAAGCCCUCUCGUUUUUACACUAAGCCGUGUGAUCAGCGUUUUGUAUGGUUUUAAAUGAUGGAAUAUGGAAAUUAUAACAGUUGACCACGGCUUUUUGACUGUGGAGUGUCUACGAGGCAUGGCUUUCGUUUUCACUUGUUUUUUUCUGUCCUGUGUGAGCAAUGUUUGGGGAAAUCAUGCGAAAUCAACAGAUACUGAGAAUAUCUAUUUGGAUAACAUCACGCGUGUAUUGGAUAGAUUACUAGAUGGAUAUGACAACAGACUGCGACCUGGAUUUGGAGGUCCAGUUACUGAGGUCAAAACAGACAUCUUUGUCACAAGCUUUGGUCCAGUGUCAGAUGUUGAGAUGGAGUACACUAUGGAUGUAUUUUUCCGUCAAACGUGGAUUGACGAGAGGUUGAAAUUCGAGGGCCCCAUUGAGAUUCUGCGGCUCAACAACCUCAUGGUCAGCAAGAUCUGGACACCAGACACAUUCUUCCGGAAUGGCAAGAGGUCCAUCUCUCACAACAUGACCACUCCCAACAAGCUGUUCCGCAUCAUGCAGAACGGAACUAUCCUAUACACUAUGAGAUUGACUAUAAAUGCAGAGUGUCCCAUGCGACUGAUGAACUUCCCGAUGGACGGCCAUGCCUGUCCUCUCAAGUUUGGUAGCUAUGCCUACCCCAUGAGUGAAAUUGUGUACACAUGGAAAAAAGGACCACUGUUCUCUGUGGAAGUACCAGAGGAGUCCUCCAGCUUGCUACAGUACGAUCUAAUAGGACAGACAGUAUCCAGUGAGAGGUUAAAAUCCAACACAGGUGAAUAUGUAGUCAUGACUGUUCACUUCCACCUGCAAAGGAAGAUGGGCUUCUUCUUGAUUCAGACAUACAUCCCCUGUAUCAUGACCGUGAUCCUGGCUCAGGUCUCUUUUUGGAUCAAUAAGGAAUCGGUUCCUGCUCGAACUGUAUUCGGCAUUACCACAGUGCUGACCAUGACCACACUCAGCAUCAGCGCCCGCCACUCUUUGCCCAAAGUCUCCUAUGCCACGGCCAUGGACUGGUUCAUCGCCGUGUGUUUCGCCUUCGUCUUCUCAGCCCUCAUCGAGUUUGCCGCAGUCAACUACUUCUCCACGCUGCAGGCCAACCAGGAGCUCCGCAAGGCGGCCGCCAUAAAGGCAGCCCAGGAGGCAGCAGAGGCUGGGAGGAGCGACGGGGAGUUCUCUUCGGACGCCAGCAGUAUGCUGAAGAAGAGGAUGAACUCCACGCCUCACUUUGAGAGACCAGCAGAGGUGUUCCCUAACCCUCCAGUGAAUGCCCAGGCCUUCCUUCAGCAAGGCUCAGCCAUGCCGUCCAACAACCUACUGACAGGCACCAGCAUCAUAGACAAGUACUCGCGCAUCCUCUUCCCUCUGUCGUUCGGGGCCUUCAACCUGGUGUACUGGAUCGUUUAUCUCACCAAGGACACCAUGGAGAUGACAAGGGACAGCGUGUGAGCCCCCUGCUGGAGGAAGCCCCCUCACUGAUCACACACACGCACACGGAUACACACACACACACACACACACUCACGCAUGCACGCACACACACCUGAGGACACUCACCGUUUGGAUAGAUGACAGAGCAACUUCCCAAGAUUGUUAUUUUUAUGCUGCCUCCAUACAUCCUUUCAGUGUGUGAGGAUUUGAAGGGCUUUGCCAACACCUGACCUGGGAGCUAAUGUUCACUCAUAGCUUGGGCUCUCAGUCUAUUUUUAGAAAGUAUAUGUCUCUCACACAUCGCUCUGUGUGUUCCCUCCUGAAGAGACUAUGUGCAUUGGUACUUCUCUUCCAAGUGUAAUGUCCUUUCCCUGUCGCUGCCUGAAUCAGUGGGUCUUUCCAAGAAGUAGCUGAGUGUCUGCCACAGGUCUGGAGGCAGUGGAGGCUCUUUGUCUGUGUAAAAUGGCGCACGGCUUGGCUCCGUCUACCCUGGACAGUACUGGAACACACCUGAGGGGAGAACUGUUUACUGACUGACGCUCUCCUCCCAAUUUUAACUUUGCCAUUUCUCUCAAUUUUUUGGUUAAUUGGCUUAUAUUCACUCCUCACAUGGAACAUUUCUUAGGUAAAGCCAAAUCUUCAAAGGGUUCUUAUUGGUUUCUCAGCAAUGUUCCCUCUAAUUUUUAUUGGCACUGAGCAAAUGUCUGUUCUGCUGAGCGCAAACUUGAACGUUGUGAAA